AUGUUAUCGGCAUUAGCAGCAGAUGUGGGCCUGGAAGGACAACAGCCACCGGGAGCAAGUGAAAGCCUCACCCCAUCUGAAAUCAAAGCUCAAGAGCCGUCACCGGGUGGGACACCUGAAGCAGAACCCGCUCCUCCACCACCACCUCCCCCUGCCCCUGACCCUCCUCCGCCUCCACCUUUUCAAGAACCACCUCCUCCACCGGAUUAUCAUCCAGGUGGGGCAAAGAAGGAGCCUGAAAAAUUACCCGGAGUGGAUAGCCUGGUGAAAAAGAUCGUUGGAGCAUUGAAGGAAGAUGUGAAGAAGAAGGUAAAAGAACCGCCACCUGCGCCUAAGAAGCCAGCUCUCAAGGCCUCAGCAUCACCGAAAAAGAAGUCAAAACAGAAAGAAUAG